AUGACUGAAAUUCCAGAAAAGCCACCGCCGACACCAGUUGAACAGCCAGUUUUACCUGAAGUAGUCACAAAACCCCAAUCCAAAUCUCUUUUAAGCGAAAUUGAAUUUAAAUAUGAAAAACCUGUAGAAAAUUGUUUCAUAAAAAUGGAUGAUGAAACGAAAGGAAACUUAAUCAAAGCUUCACUCGUUGAACACUUAUCAAAUGCUCAAAUUACAUUGCCACAUUUAGAAAAAUAUACGAAAACACAAUUAAAUUCUACGUUUCAAGAUAUGUUAAAGAAUCCACCAAAUAUUAAAAUUACAAAUGAAAUUCCAUACGAUGUAGAGUUUACUUCUGAAGAAGAUGUUUGUCUUCUCAAUUAUAUUAGAAAUUUCAAGAAAACUCCACUUUCUGAUUUUAUUGCAGAUCACUCACAUAUAUUCAAAUUAUGUAGAUCUCUAUCAGAAAUUGAGGAUCGUGUUAAAUACCUCAAAUCUCUUAAAGCUGAGGAACUUGAUGAAAUAAUUCAAGCCGAGAUCGACCAAAUCGUAUACGAACAAAUGUAUUAUGUCUCAUUGAAUCCUCAAACUGAAGAACAAAAGAAGCACGGAAUUGAACCAGAAAUGUUUACAGCAUCUCGAUGCAAUUACCAGCCUUUAGCAAAUCCAGAAGUCAAAAAUACUGAAGUAGAUAAACAGCUUGAGGCUAUUAACGCAAAUUUACCUUUCUACGUUGACAAUUAUUUCAGUCCUGAUUCAUCUAUACCGAAUUUAGCUGUUUUGAGGACAGAAAAUAAUAUUUUCUACAUGAGGAGAGAGUCCAUUGUGUUCGGAAGACAAUCAAUUGACUGCGAUGUUGAUGUUGAUAUAAAUUUCGAGUCUGAACCAUCUUGUCCGCACACAUCUCGCCUCCAGGCUAUAUUGUCUUUCCGUCCUGAUAUGAAUUUCUACCUUGAAAACAUCGGAAUCCGUGCAUUUAGAGUUAAUGGUGAACUUUUAAAGACAGGAGAGAUUUGUAUGUUGCAGGAAACUGAUAUUUUGGAUUUCAGUGGCGCUUUGUUUAUGUUUUUGCCUAAUAAGAGACUUGUUAACCAGAUUCGUGCUAAUGUUAAAAUUUAA